AGGUGCCGGGCUAUAUCAGGCGGCGCGGCGGCGGCGCGGCGGCCCCAUGGCGGCGCCGGCCAUGGCCGAGCCGCGCUCCAAGCGGCCCCGGGUGACGCUGCCCGCCUGCCCCGCGCACCGCCCGCUGCCCGCCAGCCGCGUCCGCCACGGCUUCCCGCCCGCCGUGGAGGAGGCGCUCUGCGGCGUCACCGGCGCCCAGCUGGAGCUGCACUACUGCCUGCAGGCGCUGGGUGAAUAUUUUGAUCAGUCACAUGUGGCUCUACCAAAUAUUUCAAAGUUCUUCCUGCAUCAAGCUCUGGAAGAGAGAAAAGCCGCGGAGGCGUUGAUGAAGUAUCAACAAGAAAGAGGAGGCCAUUACUGCUCUAAAACCAUCCAGAAACCAAACUGUGAUUAUGCAGUUGGUCUGAUGAAAGCCCUGGAACUAGCAAUGGUACAAUGGAAAACUAUGCUACGGUAUUUUGAAGAGCUUUAUGCCCUGAGUGUUGAAAAUGCAGACCCUCAUAGCGCGAGCACUAUCAAGAAACAAUUUAUUGGGCCCAAAAUCCGGAAGAUCAAGCUGAUGGGAGAUCUGCUGACCAAUGCUCGCAGGCUUGACUGUUCCCAGGAUGGCAGAAAUAGUCUUGGGGAUUACUUUAUGGACCGGCUGCAGAAAGAGUUCAGGACCAGCAUAGAGCCAGAGUCUAGUGAUCACACUGAUCACUGCAGCCCCUGCCCACCUCUCCAGCAGUGCACAGGAGCUUCAGAAGGUCUGAAGCGACCCCAGAGAGAAUGCUCCCAGCACAGAAAUGGCAUAGGUCCAAUAUAUGCAACCAUACACUGCACCACGAUGCUGCCACAGUGUAAUGAUGGCACAGGAGCAAAGGUGAAGCAGGGCAGGGAGGGCCUUUAGUGCCGAGGCUCCUGCAGCUAAGGGGCAGCUCCUCAGGCAAACCUGUCCCAAGGGUGGAGCUGGGACCAGAACUCAGGAGACACAAUGCUCUGUAACUCCUGCUGCUUUACACCCCAUCCCCUCAUCCUCUGCUGAGUCACAGCUCAAAAUCUAGCCGGUACCACUGUUUGCUUUAAAUGAUAGCAAGGCUUGCCAGCUAGAUUUUCACAUUUAUCCAUGCAAUUCUUCCUAGAAGCCAAAAGUUCUUAAGCUACUUCUCUCUUAAAUGAUUACCAGGAUUAGUUAGUGCAAAUAAUUUUAAGAAUAUAUAUAAUUUUUAUGAAAAUAAAUAAAAAAGAAACUGCUGCACCUUUAGUGACAAGGAAACUUUUACAAGACAGAAAAUCCAAAUAUUUAGUUUUAUAUUUCUGAAUAUUUUAUAUUACUACUAGCAAGUGUAGUAACAUAAUGAACUUUUUAAAAAGACUUUUUAAAAAGACUUUAAAAAAAAGUUUUUUUGUCUUAUAUUUCUAUCUUAGUAGAAAUUUAAAUAAGUAGUCUAAUGCAUUUAUGAUCAGCUAUUUCAAGUAGCAUAUUUCUUCAGGAUGAAGGGUGCAAACAUUUCCUCAACAGUGGGAAUAAGAAAAUGUGCUGAUUUAUCUAUAGUUAUUGCCUAGUUGUUGGCUUUUCUCAUCCUCAAAAAGCACAUGAGAGAGAAAUUAGGAAUUCUCAUUAGGUGAGAAUUUUAGAGGUUCUAGGGAAUAUUUUGUGUCACCAAAGACAGUAGCUAUAGGACUGUGUCCAGACUUAACAUAGGAUAAUUACUUUAGCUAUGAUAUAGAGCCCAAUCUCAACUAGCUCACUAAAGGUAUUACUGUGGCACUCCUGCUAUUUCUUAUAUUCCCUAUUUGGUCCCAAGCAGGGGCAUGAGAUCCUAGUGAAAAAACAGCACACUUAACUAGAAUUGCAUCAGAGAGAAUGGCUACUCAUUAGUUUUGUCUUUCAAUUAGGGCAGUGUUAACCAACUUGGUUCAAGGGCAGAAUUGUCCAAAUUCCUCUCAUUAGUGUCCUACCAGAGUGCCUCAUUCUGUACCCUGGCUCCCAAGGUCACCUAAGAAGAGGCCAGAUCAGCUGCCUGCAGUUAGGGAUUUUUUGUCAUAUAUGCAUCUUUUAUGCAGUUGGGGCUUGAUUCAUUGGAAGAUUGCCUCAUACUUUCAUGUAAUACUUUAGCUGAUACUCCUGUUUUGCUUGAAAAUAAAUUCAGUUCCAUGACUGCAUCUGCAGUGCAUUCCUCAGUUCACCACCACACCUCAAUUCAAGCAUGCUGGUAUUCUUCCCCAAGAGAUUUUGCAUAUGUAUACAAAACUGCCAAUAUUUUUCUACAUUUAAGUUGUGCAUGAUGGAAGAGAAUGACAGAGUGAAAACAAAUGCCAGAAAACUGCAUUACUAUAAAAGCACUGCACAAUAAAACAUUUUUCAUAAACUCUGAUCCAGCUGCAGUUGAGUAGCAAUUUCUGCAAAGCCCACCUUCUGUUGGUGGUGUAACAUGGGACAGAAAACUACAAUGCAGAUGCUUCCCCAAUCUUUUCUGUGAAUGUGGUUCAGCUUUGGGGUGGGGAUGGGGAACACAACUACUUUAAAACAACCUCUGCAUUCAUCUAUAAAAAUACUGCCAUGUGUCAAAGGAAUGGCUCAAAGCACUUUUAGAAUCAUGCUAGAUUUGCCUGUGUUGAGAUUGCUGCUCUGUAAUACAGAAGGAGUUUAAAAGAUAUUUCCAUCUGGGCUAGAUUCCAUCACCCAUCCUCAUGCUGAGCAUACCUUAUUCAACAAUUAGUUCCACUGACUGCAACUCAACAUGAAUAAGAGCAAUGGAAUCUGUCCCUCUCGGUAUUAAAAUACAGCCCACUGAGUUUGAGCAGAGCAAAGCUACUAAUUGAAUUUUAAACAAGUGUAUUAGUUUUCUACUUCAUAUACUACUAGUAAUGUUUGACCUACUUGUAAAACAACCUUCACCUUUUAAAAGCUGAUGACCUUCUGAAACGUAGUUACAGCCUCCUCCAUGGUUUACAGCACUUAAACUUUUACCUUAAAUAAAGUCCAACAUAACAAACAACCCAACUUCUAAAAUU